AUAGUAUUAACUGUAUUUUACGGCAAGCACACCACUGUGGUGUGACCAUUCUUUUGGCGUUUUCUAGCAUCUCACGAACAACCAGCUAAAUGGCAGUUCUGCGAGGAUGGAGAUUCGUCGGCUUCGUGUCCUGCAUCAUUGGCGCAGUGGGCCUGACCCUAUACCCCGUGAUUGUGGACCCCAUGCUGAACACUGAUAAAUACAAAUCCCUGCAGGAAUACAGCAAGAUUAAGCGAGAUGAACUGCAGCACAUAAAAAGGCAGUAGAACCCCCUAUUAUGUUACACCUCAGCACACUUAAGAGCCCUAAUAAGUGUAUUCUAUUCACUUGAUAAUAAACUGCAAUGUAAAUAUUCCUAUUUAAAUACAAGCUACUUGACCUCUGA